AUGCCGCACGCCGCCUGCACCAGCCUGGCAGACAGCCUGAGCGCCCUAGAUGACCUGCUGCCGCCCGGCGAGGAUGCCGCCGCCGUCAGCAGCGGGAUCAGCGGCCCCUCCGACAAGGACAACAUCCGCGUCUUUGUCCGCGUGCGGCCUCUGAGCGCGCGGGAGCGCGGCAGCGCCGGCGCCGCCAGCCGCGCCUGCGUCAGCUGCCCACCCGGCGGCGGCGGCCGUGUGGUUGUUCUGGCGGACCCUGCCAAGCCAGAGCCCUUCAUGGCCACCUUUGACCGGGUGCUGGGGCCGGAGGAGGGGCAGGAGGAGGUGUUUGCGGCGGUGGGGGAACAGAUGGUGGACAACUGCGGCCUGACGCUGCGCGUCUUCCGCCAGUUGUUUGACCGCAUCACAGACGAGGAGCGGGACGGAGUGCGGUACACCGUCAAGUGCUACGCCUGCGAGGUUUACAAUGAGGAGCUGUCCGACUUGCUGGCGCCCGGCGCCUCGGGCCUGCAAAUCCGGGACGGCGACCAGCACCAGGGCGUGUUUGUGGAGGGCCUCACCGAGCAUGUGGUGGUCAACGCGGAUGAUGUGAUGCGUCUGAUUCAGAAGGGGUCUGCCAACCGCCACACGGCUUCCACUCGCAUGAACGAGCGCUCCUCGCGAUCUCACAGCGUGUUCACGGCUGUGGUGGAGGCGCACGAGGAGCAGGCGGAGUCGGGGGUCACCAAGGUUCAGUUUGCCAAGCUGAACCUGAUUGACCUGGCAGGCAGCGAGCGUGUGGGCAAGAGCGGGGCCACGGGGGAGCGGCUGACGGAGGCCAAGGGCAUCAACAAGUCGCUCACCACGCUGGGGCGCGUGGUCACGGCGCUGAUGGACCGCCAGCAGCACGUGCCCUACCGCGACAGCAGGCUUACUUUCCUGCUCAAAGAGAGCCUGGGCGGCAACUCUCUCACCUCCAUCGUCGCGUGCGUGUCGCCCAGCGAGGAGAGCGCUCAGGAGACGCACAGCACGCUGGUGUUUGCGGCGGGAGCCAAAAAGAUCAGGAACAAGGCAAGCCGGGCUGUGGUUAACCAGGACAUGGUGGGCGACCUGAAGGCCCUCCAAUUGGAAAACGCUCGGCUGCAGCGGGAGCUGGCCAAGCGCGAGGAUGUGCUGGCGGCGGAGCUGCGGCAGCAGCUGGCGGCGAUGCAGGGCCAGGCGGCAGCGGCAGACGAGCGGGCGGUGGCGGCGGAGGAGCGGCAGCAGCAGCUGGAGGUGGCGCUGAAUGAGAACCACGCCUCCCUGCAGCAGCGAAAUGCUGAGCUGGCACUGGUCAAGAAGGAGGUGGAGGACACGAAGGCCACAUGCCAGCUGCUUCAGAAGGACCGGGAGCAGCUGAUUGAUCACAAUGCGGCGCUGAUGGAGCGGGUGGACAGCCUGCAAAGCAGCCUGCGGCUCGGAAAGGAGGCGCUGCGGCAGUCGCAGCAGGAUGCAGCGACAGCGCAAGAGCGCUGUGAAACGGCCUCCGCGGCACAGCGUGUGGCGGAGGACGAGGCGCGCUCCCUGCAGCACGACAAGGAGCGGCUGGCUGCUGACGUUGCACGCGUCAGCGCUGAGCUGGAGUCCACGCGGCAGACCAUGGGGGCUGAGCUGGCGCAGAUGGCGGUGGCGCUGGGGGAGAGCGAGCGCAACAAGAAGGCGCUGCGGCGGGAGGUGGAGCUGCUGCUGAGCGACUUGCGCAAGCGGCAGCGCGAGGUGGCCGACAUUGGGGAGCUGGCGGCGGCCAAGGAGGAGCGGCUGCGGGGCGAGAUUGCAGAGCUGGGCGAGGCGCUGGCCUCGCGCUCGGCGCAGCUGCAGGAGCUGGAGGGGAAGCUGGCGGGGGAGACGGUGUGCACCGCCAAGUACCGGCGCAUGGUGGGGGAGAUUGGAAAGCUGAUUGACUGGGCUCAGUCAACCAGCCCACUGCCGCCCACCCUGGGCGGACGCACCAGCCCCGCGGGCUACUCGUCCUUCACGGGCUUUGGCAGUGGCAGGCUAUCAUUUGGCACUGGCGCGGGGGCUGCCCUCGCAUCGCCGCUGGGCGAUGCCACCAACCAGCGGGCCCUGCCGGGCUCGGCUCGCCGUGCAGCCACCUCCCCCGGCAAACGCCAGCUGCAGGUGUCCAGCCCGGCAGGCCGCAGCCCGCUGCAGUCGCCCACCAAAUUUCGGUGAUGGGCAGGCACCUGAUGCGAUGCCUGCUAGGCAUCUCCCGCAAUCUGUGGUGCUCUUGCCCCACCGCGCCUGUGCUUCUUGUUUCGCAUGUGCUUACAUUCAUGCUAAUUUGUCUGAAAAUCAUUGCACGCUUCAAUCAACGUAAGUAUUUUAGUAAAACAAUGCUAGAUGC